AUGGAUCAUCAACUUCUGGACCAAUGUCCAAUAUCAAAAUUGAUGCUUUUACCAAAUGAGAUUUUACAAAAUGUUGUUUCAUUGCUAACGCAACCGGACCUACUGACUUUAACGUUAACUUCAAAACUUUUCUACAAAUUAUCUACAAGGAUUCUUUAUUCCAAAAUUUAUUUGAAUGAUUCAAUUAUUGAAUAUAGUGAUGUUUAUGAAUUGGCAUCAAGUUGGUCAUGGCUACGGCUUCAGCCUAGUUCAUCAAAUGAAGAUUCAAGAAAAGAGGCAAAUUAUAAAUUGGAAUGUUUAUUAAGAUCUUUAAAACAAGAUCAAGCGUUAGUUAAUAAUAUCAUUGAAGUUAGAUUAAAUUGGGAUCUUGAUAUUCAAUUGCAGAAAAACUUUGUUGAUUUCUUAACGAAUAGUUCAAGAAGUUUGAAAAUCAUUGAAAAUGUUACUGAUCCAGAAUUAAAUGAAGCCAUUGUGUCAAGCAAUUAUAAAUCAAAUUUAAUUUCAUUAGAUUUGCCUCCACCAAAUCCUUUACCUUCAUUAGAAAUCACAGAUGAUUACUUACCAAAUGCUCAAAGUUAUAUGAUAAGGAGAUUAACACCUAACAUCAAAGUGCUUACAUUAUUUAUAGAUCCAUUAUUAUUAUUUAAUAAUUUGAUUAGACCUAAAAAGAUUUUAGAAAUUGAAACAUUAAAAUUACAUUGCAGAGCUGAUACUUAUCCAGGAAUUCUUUAUAAUAGAAGACAUUGGAAAUAUAAUAAGUUGAGUGAAAUUUUUGAUUCAAGAUAUUUAAAAGUUUUAACAAUUAUUUCAUGGUAUGAUCAUAUUUGUCCUGAUCGAAUUUAUAAAUUUGAUCAAUGGGCAGAAUUCCCAAACUUGGAAGAUAUAACCUUGAUUGCUGUGACUUAUAAUGAUAAAAAAAUCUCAAAUUUGAUCAAUAACUGUCGUCAAUUGAAAAGAUUAAAAUUAGAUUUUUCAUUCCCAAAAAGAGCAAUGGCUAAAAAUUCAUUAGUUUAUAAAUCAAUAUUCACUCAUAAAGAUCAUUUGAAAUUCUUGGAUAUCAAAUUAAAUUUAACAAAUAGAAUUGUGAACCUGGAUGUUCGUCAAUUUACAAUAGUUUUCAAAGUUCCUUGUAAAUGUUCAUUGUGUCAAGAAACAGUAUUGAAAGGGAUUUUUGAAGGGAAAAUAUUACCAAAUCCUGAAGAUUAUAAAAUUGAUACAAUGGAAACAUUUGAAAAAUUAGACUAUUUUGAUCAAUUAUUUGAUUCUAGUUUAUCACCAUACUCAAAAGCUGUUGACAGAUAUCCAAGUGUUAAAACAGGGCCUGAUAAUAUUGAGGAUUUUUUGCAUAGAUUUAAUCAAGUCAAUAUGGAAAGAUCACCAAAUUUCAUACCAUUAGUUGAACAAGAUUUUUACGAUUUAUAUCAUUGUUUGAUUCAUUCAUUGAAAAUGGAUGUUGAACCAUUUUUAACCCAUUUUAAAGAAUUGAAAUUUUUGGUUGUUAAUGAUAUUUCAUUAAUUAUUCAAGAAGAUGAAACCACAGGAAUGAGAUAUCCUGUUCCUGUUUUCUAUAAUAAAGGGUUUAAAACAAAUUUUGAUGUUACAAAGAGUGGAACUAAUCAAUUUGAAGUUGAUUCUGAGGUUUAUGGAAGAUCGUUAUAUUUGAAUUGA